GUCACUGGAAGGUUCUUUUAGAUCUGUGGACGCUGUCGAUCAGCGAAAUCUCACGAUAGGCUUCUUGUAGGAUCCAGCAGUUUUUGCAGUCCUCUGUAGGGAGAGCAAAGGUGACGACAACGCCAGGACGAGACCACACUGUAGUCAACGCGCCGGCUCGAAUCGAUGACCACGGCUUCACCAAAUCACUUCAGAUAAAGAGACUGCAGAGGAGCACUUCUACUUGCCAAUGUUUCGUGGGCAGGAUCGUUGCGUUUUGCCGACACGACAGCAAAGGCAAACGCCAACUCUUUAAUGGGACCCCGGAUGCCAUUUCUAUCCAUUCUUGCCAGAAUCUUACGAUAUACAGCCAUGCCACAAUGGUUAUAAUUCAGCUCCUGUUGUUGCUGAGUUUCUUGGACCAAAGCAAGCAGGAUUAUCUGUCGCCGAGGCGUGCUAGGACUUCAGGGGCGCCUUGUGCCAUUGGCCAGGCGUGUGACCCAAGGCAGAGGAGAGAUGCUGGGGGACGCGGUGGAGUCUACGAGCACCUCGGAGGAGCACCAAGAUGCAGAAAACUUUACUGUGCAACUAAAUAUCAUUUGCAAAUACAUCCAAGCGGGAAAAUAGACGGUUCUCUUGAGGAAAACAACCAGUUAAGCAUCAUGGAGAUCACAGCAGUUGAUGUUGGAGUGGUAGCGAUAAAGGGGAUAUUUUCCGGGAGAUAUCUGGCCAUGAAUGAUAAAGGACGUCUAUACGCCUCGGAUGUGUUCAACCAGGAGUGUGAGUUCCUGGAGCGGAUUCAUGAGCUGGGCUACAACACCUAUGCUUCAAGACACCACUCCACCCUGCAGCCCCCUGCAGGGGGUGGCAGUGGCAAACGACGAGCCAGUGCCAAGAGGCAGUGGUAUGUGUCCAUCAAUGGGAAAGGCCGGCCAAGGAGGGGCUUUAAGACGCGCAGCACUGACAAAGCCUCCCUUUUCCUGCCUCGAGUGCUAGGCAAUAAGGACCAUGAGAUGGUGCGAAAGCUCCGUGACAGCCAGAGGCACCCAGCUGGACAGCAGAGUCCCCCUAUGGGCCGGGCUGAGCACCGGAGACGGAGACACCGGGUCAGGGGAAGAAAGGGUAGAACCAAGAGGCCUGGUGACUGACUGACACUAGCCACUGCCCGAGAGCAGUAGGCCCCAUUUCUCCGCUAAGGAACAACAGUUCACGGCACAUGAAACUGACCAAAAAUGAACUUACUGAAAUAUCUGCCUUAGAUACUUGGAUCAGCCAGUGGCAGCACAACUAUACUUUGUUGUACAAGCUCCCUCCAAAAUCCUUGCUUGGCAUACAUGCAACUCGAACCAUCCCCUACAACUAUUGCAAUACCAACACAAGAUUUGCCUGGGAAUUCGAGUUAGGCACAUAUAUCUGAAGUUCGAGCUACCAACACACAAGUAUGAAAGGAUGUUACGUUUUGUCUUUGUUUUGUACAUACACUUGUGAAUGCAACGAAAGUCAAUACAGCUGGAUAUCUUCCAACUGUUGUAUUACCUGGAAAAAGUUGUUUUUGUGUUCUUGUGGAACUUUUUAAAGAUCAUAAAUAAUGUAUGUUUAUAUGUGUACAGUUAUUUUUUAAUAUCAGUUUCAUUUAUCAGCAGCUUUAAUGUGGGAAAAUGAGUGCGUGUAAGAACUGGACAUCAUUCAAGUGCUUACAGAUACCAAUGAGGUGGUGUGCUCCAUCAUUCAAGUGCUUACAGAUACCAAGGAGGUGGUGUGCUCCAUCAUUCUAGUGCUUACAGAUACCACGGUGGUGUUAUGCUCCAUCAUUCUAGUGCUUACAGAUACCAAGGAGGUGGUGUGCUCCAUCAUUCUAGUGCUUACAGAUACCAAGGAGGUGGUAUGCUCCAUCAUUCUAGUGCUUACAGAUACCAAGGAGGUGGUGUGCUCCAUCAUUCUAGUGCUUACAGAUACCAAGGAGGUGGUGUGCUCCAUCAUUCUAGUGCUUACAGAUACCAAGUAGGUGGUGUGCUCCAUCAUUCUGGUGCUUACAGAUACCAAGGAGGUGGUAUUCUCCAUCAUUCUAGUGCUUACAGAUACCAAGGAGGUGGUCUGCUCCAUCAUUCUAGUGCUUACAGAUACCAAGGAGGUGGUGUGCUCCAUCAUUCUGGUGCUUACAGAUACCAAGGAGGUGGUGUGCUCCAUCAUUCUAGUGCUUACAGAUACCAAGGAGGUGGUAUGCUCCAUCAUUCUAGUGCUUACAGAUACCAAGUAGGUGGUGUGCUCCAUCAUUCUGGUGCUUACAGAUACCAAGGAGGUGGUGUGCUCCAUCAUUCUAGUGCUUACAGAUACCAAGUAGGUGGUGUGCUCCAUCAUUCUGGUGCUUACAGAUACCAAGGAGGUGGUGUGCUCCAUCAUUCUAGUGCUUACAGAUACCAAGGAGGUGGUAUGCUCCAUCAUUCUAGUGCUUACAGAUACCAAGGUGGUGGUGUGCUCCAUCAUUCUAGUGCUUACAGAUACCAAGUAGGUGGUGUGCUCCAUCAUUCUGGUGCUUACAGAUACAAAGGAGGUGGUAUUCUCCAUCAUUCUAGUGCUUACAGAUACCAAGGAGGUGGUGUGCUCCAUCAUUCUAGUGCUUACAGAUACCAAGGAGGUGGUAUGCUCCAUCAUUCUAGUGCUUACAGAUACCAAGGAGAUGGUAUGCUCCAUCAUUCUAGUGCUUACAGAUACCAAGGAGGUGGUAUGCUCCAGAGAAAUAGAAAUACAGCAAAGCACUUUUUCAUACGAACAUAAAAAGAAAACAAGUAAAAACAGACAUGGGAACAAUUUAUUUUGAAAUGUACUUAUUAUACUUACUGUCUGUAAACUGCGAGAAGUACUUUGUAUAUUACUAAUGAUAUGAAUAUUUAUUUGGUACCUGUGUUUAAAUUAUUGAUGAGAUUGUUUCUACAUUUACCAAUGUUAUAAUUUGUAAAAACUUUGUUGUAACCAACCAGGCGUGCCCCUCACUCAAACAAUAGAUAUUGUCAAAACAAAAUGGUCAAUCUGACUUGUCAAACAUUACCAUGUUUUGUUAAUUGGUGUAACUAGCUAGUACAACUGAAUAGACAAACUACAUCAAAUGUACUUACCG